GUUGGUUACACUGCUUAUACUUAAAGGAUUCUAAGGAAGAUGAAUGGAUCAAAGCGUGUAGCACAUACGACACCAAAGAAUAAUGUCCGAUACAGUGGGAAGUUGAAAGAUAUACUACAGUCUUCAACAUCAAGACAUAAAUCUGAAGGAAAAGUUGUGGAACCUGACCUAUUGAAUAUUCCAGUUAUUAAACAAAGUGAAAAUGCAAAACUGCUACCAAAAUAUACUUCAAUUUUGGCUAAAACAGGAGAAGACAGUGUUUCUAUGGAUGAUUUGGAUUUAUUACAACAAGAUUUAGAAAAACUUUUGUCUACUAGUGCAGUUAGAAUUAGAUAUUUACUUGCUGAAAUAGGGGAAAUUGAUAAAAAUGAUGAAAGUCAUGAGAGAAAAGCACAUGUUAAAACUUCCUUAAAAAGGAAACGGAUAGAUGAAAAACCCAAGUUUAAGGAUUUUAAAGUUACUUUACCAAAAAAUAAUUCAGAUAAAUUCUGGGCUUCAAUUGAACCUUUCUGUGUCAGUGUCACCAAAGAUGAUGUUGCUUUUUUAGAUUGUAUAAUUAAAGAAUUCUCUAGAGAAAUUGAUAUAAAAAUUCCCGAAAUUGGUGAGCAUUAUGCGAAUGGAUGGUCAGAAGAUAUAAUGAAUGAUGAGCAAAACCUAGGAAAGUCACAUAAUAAGAAGACUGCUACCACAAAUGAAAUCAAGAAAAGUGGAUUGAACACGUUGGUAGAAACUUUUUCCAUUCCACAAACUCAAAGGCUUUUAGCAGGUCUUUUAGAAGAAAAAGUAUUGACAAAUCACCCAAAAAAUGGAGAAAAUGGUAUUAAGAUCCAUAAACUGAGAUCAUCCGAUUUUUCAAAAUUGAAAUCUUCAACAGGUGGCCAAAAAAUAGGCACAUGUUUAGAUAGGAGAUUGAAAAAGGAACUCGUGGAACAAGGUAUUCUUACUAUAGAAGAUUUAACUAUGAAUGCACCAGAAGAUGAAAUAUUGAGUGAAAUUAAGAAAUGCCAACAAGAACUGACCACUGUAAACGAGUAUAACUUAGAAGAAUUGAACAAAUUAAGGUCCCUCGUAUUAAAUGAUUUACAUUCCAAUGAAGUAAAGGAACAACUAGAAGAAGUAGACAAAGAAGUAUUGGAUUUGUACAACCAAAUUGUAGUAACGCGGAAAACAGCACAGCAAGAAGAAGGGGAUGAUUUUGAUAAAACAAUAUUUUCUGAACAAAUAAAGAAAGAGUUUGAAACUCAAACUGAUGCCUUAUUAAAACAACAAAUAGAACUUAAUAAAAAUAUUAACGGUCUUACAGAUAUGCAACUGAUUUAUUGAUGGUUGAAUUCAAUAUAAUUCGGUAAUAUUUCAAUAUUUGAUUUGUAGAUUCCCUGAUUAAAAAGUACACUUUUCAUAUGUGAUAAUUUGAAGUUUUUCCGUGUUAAUGGGUUUCAUAUAUUCUUGCUGUUUUCUUUGCAUGCAACUAAUGUAGGUUUACUCAUUAAGAAUAUUUCUAUUGAUAUUUUCUAUUCUCUCCUACUACUUUAAUGGAAGAUUUGUUUUAAGCAUUUUCAUAUUUGCUUAUAUAAAUCUUAGGUGUUCUCGUUUUAGUACAAAGAAAAGUUUUCAGAAUUGCUUUUGGAUAUAAUGAAGCUAUCUGCACAUUUAUUCAUUAUGAUAGAAUCUGGUGGGAAAUGCUGUGUGUACAAAAUUCGACUUAGUAGAAACUAGUUUUGUAUUGAACAUCCCACAUUGUCCAACUGAAGUUUUCUAUUCUUGCCAAUUGUACUUAUAUAAAGGAUAUUGAAAAAUAUUCAACAAUCUAUUUUGAACAUUUUUCUGCUUCUAAAAUUAAAAGAAACAUUUCAUUCACAUUAUGCCCAUUGCACUAGUGCUAAAAGAUUAAUAAUAGUCCUGAAUUAUUGUUUUAAAAAAUUUAUUUAUAGGGAAUUUACAAAACAUAGUGUUACAGAGUAGAUUGUCAAAUUAUAUUGAAAAUAUGAUUUUCUCAAUUUAUAACAAUCUUGCAUGCAUCUAUUUAAUUAUUAUAUCAAGCUGUUCUCCGGUAUUGGUUGGAAAUUUUGUUGCAUUUUGAUAUUAUCAAAGAUUGCUGAUAGUGACUUAUCUAGCAAGAAAUUAAUUUGACAGUCUUUUAAGAAUAUUCAUAGCCUUUAUAGUGUAAUGUAUAAA